AUGCCCAGGGAUGAAGGUGAAGAUCAUUUCCUGGCGGACAAAGAUAGCCCCAACGGGCUGGAUUCCCAGCCCCUUCUGUCACCCGUCGAGGACCACGAAACUACAAACCAUGCGAAUCCCGCCAGCGCGACCCGCAGCAGCAGCGGACAGCAGCCGCAUCACUCCUCUAUAUCUCAGCCGGUCCCAGAAGGACAACGACGCACCCCUCGUACCAUGAACCGCGUUCGCUUCGACCUGGAGGAAGAAACGGACGAAGAGCGUCGCUCGGAACAUCACCCUCGCGAUUCAGACGAUAUCUCAUGGCUGGAGGAAGAAGACUAUGGCCACGGCGACGGCCGGCGGCGCCAGAUGGUCCCUUUGUUGACGGAUAUCGAAGCCCCCAGUGUCACGCUCGCAACGUCCGAUGAAUUCUUCCCGGAAGAACACCUGGAAAGUGCUCGUCCAAGGAGCGGGAUGCGCAUGGCUUUCAUGAAUAUGGCCAACAGCAUCAUUGGGGCAGGCAUAAUUGGACAACCUUACGCACUUCGCCAGGCAGGAUUGGUGAUGGGGUUGGUGCUGCUCGUCGGACUCACAAUCGCAGUAGACUGGACCAUUCGACUUAUAGUGGUCAACUCAAAGUUGAGCGGGGCAGAUUCGUUCCAGGCGACCAUGCAGCAUUGCUUUGGCAAAAGCGGACUUAUCGCAAUCUCAGUUGCGCAGUGGGCUUUCGCUUUUGGUGGUAUGAUCGCGUUCUGCAUCAUUGUUGGGGAUACAAUACCGCAUGUCCUGGGAGCCUUGUUUCCUUCGCUACGAGAUAUGUCAUUCUUGUGGCUCUUGACCGACAGACGGGCCAUCAUCGUGCUCCUGGUCCUAGGAAUUUCAUAUCCGCUGUCUUUGUACCGGGACAUUGCUAAGUUAGCAAAAGCGUCCGCACUGGCCUUGGUCAGCAUGGUCGUCAUCGUGGUUGCUGUGAUCACCCAGGGCUUUAGAGUGCCCUCCGAGUCGCGCGGCGAUGUAAAAAGUCUACUGUUUGUCAAUUCAGGCUUUUUCCAGGCUGUUGGGGUGAUAUCAUUCGCAUUUGUCUGCCACCAUAACAGCCUCCUUAUCUAUGGCUCAUUAAAAAAGCCGACACUAGACCGCUUCGCGAAAGUGACACAUUACUCUACAGCAGUCUCCCUUCUGACCUGCCUCGCCAUGGGUGUUUCCGGGUUUCUAUUCUUUGGCUCGCAGACCCAAGGCAAUGUACUCAACAAUUUCCCAUCAGACAACAUUCUGAUCAAUAUAGCACGACUAUGCUUCGGCUUGAACAUGCUCACAACUCUUCCGCUGGAGGCAUUCGUAUGUCGAUCAGUCAUGACAACCUAUUACUUCCCCGACGAACCUUUCAACAUGAACCGGCACUUGAUCUUUACCUCUGCGCUUGUUGUUACUGCGGUUGCUAUGGCUCUGAUCACUUGUGACUUGGGGGCAGUCUUUGAGUUGAUCGGCGCCACGAGCGCAGCGGCCCUGGCCUAUAUUUUCCCUCCCUUAUGCUACAUAAAGCUUAGCAAUGCCUCUCAGAAGGCUAAGAUACCAGCCUAUCUAUGCAUUGUUUUCGGGGUAGUCGUGAUGGCAGUCAGUCUGCUUCAAGCUGUUGCGAAAAUGAUAAGUAAUGAAGGUGGUGCAAGUACCUGUGCUGCCUAGGCAAGGUACUGUAAGAGCCAUUAGAUCUUGCAACCUUGCUUCUGCUUUACUGGUGUCGUAUAACUGAUAGACUUUAUUCAAUCCCUCAUUCACAAAUUAUGUACAUAGAGAAGUGUAUUAACAAGGUG